AUGGAGUUUGGAGGGCCGAGAAAAAGAGGCAGAUUCGAAGGUGGGCUUAAUGGAAAUGGCGGUUUCAAGAAAUCCAAGCAAGAAAUGGAGUCAAAUACACCUGGUAUAGGAAGCAAAUCGAAGCCUUGCACAAAGUUUUUCAGUGCUUCCGGCUGCCCUUUCGGCGAGGGAUGCCACUUCCUGCACUACGUCCCUGGCGGUAUCAAGGCCGUCACUCAGAUCCUCGGAAACAACCCAGCCUUGCCGCCCAACGCACGGAACCCGAUGGGUCCCCCAUCUUUUCCCGACGGGUCCUCCCCGCCAGCCGUGAAGACCCGUCUGUGCAACCGGUUUGCUUCGGGCGAGGGCUGCAAGUACGGGGACAAGUGCAACUUCGCCCACGGCGAGCAUGAGCUCGGCAGGCCCACGUUUCUGCCCCCACACGACGACCCCCGCUCCAUGAUGGGAAUCAAGCAGGCCAGCCAGAUGGUCCACGAGCUCGUCGCCAAUGUUAGCUCGAUGUCGGCGGGUCCACCGGGAAAGGGUCAGGGGGGGUCGAGCUACGGGCCUGGCAGCAGCAAUUUCAAGACGAAGCUUUGCGAGAACUUUAUGAAGGGGUCUUGCACGUUUGGGGACAAGUGUCACUUUGCGCAUGGGAUGGAGGAGCUGCGGAAGUCAGGGAUUUGA